AAUACAGUCUGUUGGAUUCCUGCCUGGGAAGGAACAAUACUGAACAUAGUUAUUAAAGAGCUGAGCCUUCGGGGUUGGGCGCGGGGUAUUCCCGGGAAUGAACGACCGGCCUGGCACCUGCGAGCCUUUGGGCACCCGCCGUGAGCCUUUUAGGAGCUACGUCCCAAAUGUUGUCACGGUCAUCAAUCUCUGCUUGCCAGCAGAGCAACUGAAGUCUGUGGGCACACUCGUUUCUCUUCCUUGCCAGAGGCCAAGCGCCCAAAUGGGGUCUCUCAACACAACAAACUUCAUUACAAGGCUUUCUGCUUUAUGUCUGAGGAAAACCAAAAUGCAACACAGGCACCGAAGUAACAGACGACCAACAGUUCCACUCGGAUCACGGAUUUUAACUGAUCCUUCAAAGGUCUUUGAGCAUAACAUGUGGGACCACAUGCAAUGGUCACAAGAAGAAGAGGAGAAUGCCAAGAAAAAAGCAACAGAGAAUUCUCUUGUGAAAGUUCAAUCAGAAGACCAAGAUAAAUAUGAGAGGGAAGCCAGUAAAUAUUGGAAUGAAUUUUACAAGACACAUAAAAAUAACUUUUUCAAGGAUCGCAAUUGGCUGUUUCUGGAGUUUCCAGAAAUUCUUCCAGAAAAAAGGAGAGAAGAGUUCAAAACAGAAAAAAUAUCUUUGGAACACACAAAAAUAAAUAAUGAGAACAGUUUUUCACUCAAAAAUGGAAUGUUUGCAGAAGGAGAAAAAUACUGGGAGAAAAAUGAUGCAUCUGGUUCUACUGCUGUACAAGGAUAUCUAUAUAAUAAAAAUCAAGUAAAAGCUCUUACUGCCAAUCCUCAAGGUAAAAAGUGUGGAGAAGAACUUGGCAAGGUAGAAUCCUUCCCUGGUUGUGAUGCCACUUACCGAAUAUUAGAGGUUGGCUGUGGAGCUGGAAACAGUGUCUUUCCUAUUCUGAAAGUUCUAUGCAAUACACCUGGAACCUUUCUGUACUGUUGUGAUUUUGCUUCAGGAGCAGUGGAGCUGGUGAAGUCACAUUCGUCCUACAAUUCAGCCUGGUGUUCUGCCUUUGUUCAUGAUGUGUGUGAUGAUGCUUUACCCUAUCCUUUCCCAGAUGAGAUCCUGGAUGUCAUUCUCCUUGUCUUUGUGCUCUCUACUAUUCAUCCUGACAGGAUGCAAGGGGUUGUGAAUAGGUUGGCUAAGCUACUCAAGCCUGGAGGAAUGUUGUUAUUUCGGGACUACGGACGCUAUGAUACAGCUCAGCUUCGUUUUAAAGAAGGUCAUUGCUUGUCAGAAAAUUUUUAUGUAAGAGGAGAUGGAACCAGAGUAUAUUUCUUUACCAAAGAUGAGGUAUGGAACAUGUUCACCUUGGCUGGAUUAACUGAAGUUCAGAAUUUAGUUGAUCGGCGAUUACAAGUAAACAGAAAGAAAAAAGUGAAAAUGCAGCGAGUUUGGAUACAAAGCAAGUUCCAGAAGCCAUUGCAAUCUCUGCAUAAUCCUAAGAAAGCACCAAAAGGCACACUUGUAAAUAAUUUUACUCAAGAAAUGCAGUACAGAAUUGAACUUCAGAAAGGGAAGGAAAUUUAAGUAUGUGUAUUUUCAUUUAAGUAUGUGUAAAUGUUGUGUUAGCCACUGAAAAGUAUUGAAAAGUUCAAUAAAUGUAUUGAACUGAAAACCUUUCUUUGACUUUCUUUUCUUUGUAAAUUCAUAUGUGUAAGAAAAAU